AUUCAUAUCAACAUGGCGGUCAGGUGAAUUCAGAUUCUAAUUAUAGCAGUGUUCGUAAUCUUGGGAAUACAGUGUCGCUGACUUCUGCAACAAAGAUCAGAGAAAAUGGAGGUAGAGGGAGCUGCUAAAGUGAAAUCCUAUCACGAUGAGGCUUUUCGGUAAGAUCCUUAAGGCUGUAAAUGCUUCAGACGUAUUUUGACAUACUCCAAAAUUACAUAGCUUGAAUCACCGUUGUCGAAACAAGGAAACUGAUUUAUCGGCGACGUUUAGUUGAUUAGGUUGAAAACAUUUGUGUCAAGUGUUGUCAUGAAGCUUUCUUCAACCACUGCAGGUCGAAGAUAUGAAUGGACACAUCAAGUUAAGCAAAUAUUUAUGAACGCUGGUAUAAUUACUUAGAGCAUGUAUUAAUAUUCCCAGAAAGAUAUAUGUUCAUCUAACCUACAAACAGGUGACAAGUUUUUUUGUUGUUUUUUUAUCAUUUACGAAAAAAAUGUCCAAUAUUUAGAUAUCUUAAUAAUUAUAAAAUUUUAUUCCUGAAUGUAUCGAUUUUAAGAUCCACCAGUGCGUUUCAUUUACCCACAUCAUUUUUCGGACUUCAGACUCCUUUAACUCAGCUCAGUUUACACAAAAUACAUUAGAAAAGAAUCAUUUCAAAGCAAACAUGGAAAAUAUAUAUAAAAUAAAAUCUAGGUAGAGAGCGAGUUGGGUUCAUUCAGAUAGCAAAGGCUUAUCUCUUGUAUCUUAUGGGAUUUAGCUUCAGAGAAAAGAAAACUCAACACUUACAUAUUUAUCACUUAUGAAUCUUUUGUGAAAAUAGUUACAUCAAUGAGGGGCUCAAAUUUGAUGAACAAGGAAACAAGCAGAAAGCUCUCCAGUAUUAUCAUAAAGGUAAGCACUGCAUGUUUCAUUAUGGCAAACAUGUUUGACACAAUUUCAGGUUUUCUGUGUCAUUAUUUAAGGUUCUGUUUUUGGGAAGUACAUGUACUUAACGAUUCUAUAGACAAUGAACCUGAGAAGAGGAGUAAGAGGAGGGAUGAUUAUAACCUUGCUGUCCUGUAAACCCUAGCAACUUGCCUAUCACUCUAACCAUAGUGGUUUGUUCUUGUUCUGUACUACAUAUGCUUGAUUGUAAAGAUAGAUUGAGUUUUUGUUUUAUUGAAAAAGAAAACCCUAUAUUAAGGUAUGGAGUGGUAUGUUUCAAUCAGAUCGCUGCAUUUGGUUAUGUAUCUCACACCAAUCAGAUCUAUGCUGUAGGGUAUGUUUCAUGCACCAAUCAAAUGGCCGUAAUAGGGUAUAUAUCUCACACCAAUCAAAUUAAAGCAUUGAGGGAUGCUUGCACCAAGUUGCAGUAGAAUCAACUCAACAUUGAUGCACACUAAGAAUGACAACAACAAAGAAUUGUGAGCUCAUCUAUCCAGUAAAUGGAAAACAUGACUUGCAUGUCUUUUAUUUCAGGACUGCGGAGUCUUACUGUGGGUUUAAGUGUCCAUUGUAGUAGUUCAGAACCAGGAAGGGAAAGGACAAAAGAACUAAAGAAGAAGAUGAAGUCGUAAGUUCUUUAAUUAAAGUAAAUUCAAAGAAAAAAUUAACAGCUCUCGUAGCUUUAUUGGGUAGAAGAUGGUAAAAACAAAGAAAACAUAUAAUGAUAUUAAAUGACUCCUUUAGCUUUAUUGUGCUACAAACACAAUUGGCUUUCUUUUUCAGCUCUCGAAAUAAACAGGUCAUUCUUGAUUCUUUCUGAAGUGAAUAUGUUGGUCACUAUGUUGGUUCCAAAUGAUGAAUUUUCAUCGGCAGUUCACACAUAUGAUUUUCACAUAUUCACUGUCAUUUAUUCAUCACUUCACAGGUUUAUUUGGGACCAACAUAGUGACCAGCUCCCAAUUGGCAUGAUAGCUCAGUUGGUCAUGGGUUUAUGGGUUUAAAUCCCAUACAGGGCUGUUUUUUUUUUUCAGGCCUUAUUUUCACUACUGCUCAAGUAGUGUUCAUUACUGUGAAGAUUGCUUUCAUAUUUAUGUCUUUGUCUGCAGUUCAUAUAUAAGAUUUUCAUAUAUUCACAGUCAUUAAUAAAUCCUUCAUUGACCAAUCUUGUCCAGUCAAGAUGGCUGGAAAUUAGCCUUGUUCCUUUUUUUGCAAUUUUAUGGACCUUGACUUUGUCCUAGAUAGAACUUGGCAAAUAUUCAGCCAUGUUGACCUCAUGUUUAGUCAGUAAUCCCAAUAUAAGAGAGAUUGACCUUGAUCACAGUAAGCACACAAACAUUUCAACAUGUUCUUUUGCUGGGAGCACAUCAACUAAUCCUACACAGUGCAGAACGUUGAACAAUUGAAAAUAAAAUGUGCCAGUUAGCAAAUGAUUGCAAAUGCUUGGUUUUGAAAAGUUUCUGUCAUCUUUUUUCUAUCAGUCUUGAAAAUUGACUUGUGCUUACUUACUUAUACUAGAUUCCACAGAAAAUCUUUGCAUUACCUUACAUUUUUUCAGGGCCAAAGACCAAGUAAAAGAGAGAAUAGAUACACUAUCUGCCAGCAUUAAUGCACCAUCAGCCCCCAGUGAAGAUGUGGUGGAUACUGUAAAUCAAAAUGGACAUCUUACAACUGAAGACCAACUUGAGAUAUUAUCACAUGAUGAUGGAAAUCCAUGGGAAGAUGUCAAGGAAUUGUUGGUUCUGGAAGACAGUAAGUACAUGUUAGUAGUAUGUGACACUGUAAAUUGAAAGUGCUUUCCAAGAUGAUUUUUUAACUGUCAUGACUGUGCAGACUUGAGAGAAAAAGGCAGAAAUUGAUCUCAAUCUAGAUUCAAUUGUUUAGUGUUAAAGUGAACAGAUGUGUCUCAUCCACUGAAAAUUUUUCUUUUCAACACAGGUGUUAAAAUGUUUUUCGUCAGUGAACAAGGAGGUGUCACAACACUCUCUCAACCUCAAACUCUACGUGCCUUUCAGUUUGUCAAUCAUAAACCAGGUAAAUCUAAGUUUAAACGUAAUGCAUAAUACAUGUCAUCAUAAUAUGACAAAUGCUUUCAGUGUCACUGAACAGAGAUAUAACGCUACAUACUUCAGCAAUGUAGUUUCACACUUAUCACAGUCAUGUCCUUUUUCAGAACAGGUUAAUGGGUGGAAAUCUCAUAAGGAGUGAUCCUGUGGUCCUCCAGGGUUUUGUUAAAAUUUUAAUGGCUGGGGCAUCCUUAUCAUAGUAGCCAGGCCAAGUUAAUUUAGCCUAGAAGUGAACUCCAUGAUAUCCACCAAGCAGAGGUUCUACAGUAAAUAAACAGUUCAUGAAGAAAACAGAACUGUCUUGAAGCAUGGCUCAAGAACCAACCUCUCCACCCCCACUUCCCCAACAAUCUGGAGAUACAAAUGGCUUCCAUUGCCUGGAUUUUAUCUUUGCCCAAGUUUCAUUUCACCUCAUAAAACAUUUGUUGACUUAAAUUCAGGUUUUUUUUUGUUUAUGGUGCAUUCUUUAAAUCCUUUCACUGCCUCGCUGUCGAUACCAUUUGUGAUGUAUAAUUACCUUCUUUGCAUUCAUCAGAUACUAGAAAUUUACCUGGUAAGUUUGUGUUAUCAACUGAGUUGAUAACGUAAAUUGGCCACCGUUAAGAGUUUGUAAGCUGACGUUUCGAGCGCUAGCCCUUCGUCAUUUGCUCUGACGAAGGUCUAACGCUCGAAACGUCAGCUUUUAAUUUCUUUAGUGUGGCAAAUUUACGUUAUCAACUAAGUUGAUAAUACCAAAUUAUCCUGUUAUUCUCUCCCACCGACGCAGCAUCACAGUUUAUUUAGAAACUUACCCCCUUCAUUGAAUUUUUCCGGUAAAUUUUAUAGCUUAUAAUGACUUGCACUAUUCUUUCUCGUUUAUAUCGUAUUGCAGAAUCAAAGGAUGCUCCCGCAUUCCUUCAUUGCGGAGCCUGGAUGUUUCCCAUGAUUCCUGGUAGAUCUCCUGUUCUGAACACGGAACCUCACACGUAUAUGUUUCCCGACAUCACUAUCGACCCUUCUUCUCCCAAGUCCUCGCAGCCUCGUCCCCAGCGGGCAUUUGCGUCAGUGGGUUUGAUUCUGAACCCUAAUAUUUCCUCUAUGGAACUAAAGAGGUUUGAGAGGAUUUUGAAGUGUUACGCAGAUUUCCAUCACUACACUCCGCCAAAGUAUUCUGAAGAGGGAAGCCAGGUCGAGCAACAAAGAACGGAUGAAGGUGCCUCUUCAGUGCCGGCUGCAGAGGCAGAAGCUAUGGAUGAGGAUGUUGCUGUGGCAGUAAGACCGAGCACUGAGGUUGUACCAGCUGAUUCACAGGUGUUUACUAUGCGUUACUAACUCUGUUCACAAAUAAUUUGCUGUAUGAUUUUCCGUUCUCAUACCACGCCAGUUGUGGUGAUUUCACGUUGUUGUUUUGCAGAGGACGGCUUAGAAAUGUACAAGGUUUCAACACGCAUGUACUGAGCUGUUAUUCCACCCAUUAGAUCUUCUAUUUUGCUACGGCAUCGUCGCCAUUGUCGUCGUGGCUUGCUUAAGGUCCCCUAUGUGAUGUCGUACACUUGAGGCGUAACGUAUUUUCUUUUUCUGUGUGUGUUAUUUGCUUCUUCAGGACAAGUCAUGGGGAAGGAAGGUUUCUAAGGUAAGACGAAAUUCUGUUAAGGCAUAUUCCACUUCUGAUCAACUUUUAGCAUCAUCUGGUUUAAACGACCAGAGCAUUAUCAAUGCGGUCAUGUUUACUUCAGAUGUCAUGUUUUUUUUUGUUAUUUCAGGGAAUCGAGAUUGGCACCGAGCUAGUAGCUUGGGGAUUGACAAAAGGGGCUGAAGUCGGAAGUCAUCUGAUGCACAAGGUAGUGCUGUGUGUCUCAUCACAUUUCUUUACUCAUGCCGCUGUAUACAAGGCCAGAGAGCAGGCUCAGCUGCAUUUUGCUUCGGAGAAGUUCUUUGGUGUUGUCAGACGUCACGCACUAUUAAUUAAAAAACAGCUGCACCGGAGAUUGUCGUAGCUCAGCAUUACCUUUGUUUUCCUGGUGCCCAGCUCGGAUUUUGAAUAUCAUAUCAACUAUAAAUUCAUGAAUCACAUUUCAUGAAAGCUGUUAUCAACAGCCAAAUUUACUGAGUUAUAUCUUCAAUUACGUCAGGGUUCUGCCAAACUCAGAGAAAAUCUCAAACCAAACGAGAAGCCAGUGGAAGUUGAUGAAAGUGUGCAGGAGAACAUUCGUCAGGUGAAGACUGUUGCAGGUAAGACAUCAUUUUAAGCUUUUAAGCUUCCCUCUCAGCAACGGCUCAAUCAUCUUACAGUUGGACUUUCCCGUUAUGAUGAAAGAAUGCGUUUGGUUUGGCCAUACACAUGACAGCAAAACGAAUUAAAAAUCAGGCAAGAUAGUGAUGUAUGUGUUUUUGUUGUUCAGGCAUGGCCUGUCAGGUGAGCGGUGCAGUGGUCUCCGCAGUGUCAGCCAUGACGCUCGAGCUCGGACGACGACUUGCGCCAGUUAUUGUGGAUAAAGGAGGAAAGGUUUGUUAAAUUUCUUUUAUUGGUGAUCAUUUUCUCUAUUCUCCUGACCUUAAUGAGUGAUUCGGGGUUGAUAUUGUAAGGAGAUUAAGGAUGCUAGUCACUCGUUGGGGUCAGAGGGCUAAGAAAUCGAAGAGAAACAAAUGAAUUUGAAUUUGUCUCGAGAGUGUUGCAAAUGGCUCUUUGCACUUUAGCGUCUAACAUUUGCGAGAACGUAAUUGAGGAAUAUUCUGCGUUUAAUGUAUAAUUGACCACGGUUGAACAUCUGAUAUUUUUCGUUUUAGGCUUUACCAGACUCUUUGAAAAAGAAGGAUAAUGUUGAUGGUGCAUCGACAAUGGACGAAAUCGUUAAAGUUGCAGUAAGCGGCGCUAGAGGUAUACAUGUUCAAUUCAUCAAGCGUUGGAUGUUUUCCUUGAGUAGCAUAGUGUUAUAACGUCAGACGUGUAAAUCAAGUGAGGCCAGAUAUGCUACGAUGAUUUAGUUUUCCGAGCUUUCGCUGAUCAACGGCAUCUUCGGCAUCAUUAGAGAAUCAUUCUCUGAUGAUGCUGUAGAUCGGCGAAAGCUCGGAAAAUUAAAUAAUUAUAGCAUACCUGGCCUCAAUUGAUUUACACGUAUGAUUUUAUGUUAAAUUCGAUUGAACAAAAAUGUCUCAUUUUUAACUGAGCUUUUUGUGCGAAAGGCCGGGGAUUUAUUUUAAGUGUGCGAAUAAUUUCUUUUCCAACUUAAGGAAGAGUUCCUUCAUGGAGUUUUUCCUCUCUUUUUCUGUUUCUAGAUUUAAUAAUGGUAAUAAUGAAAACAAAUAAAUAGAAAGAAAGAAGGAAACCAGCUUGAUACACCAGGUUGACUGUAAACGAUCUGAUGUUUAGAACUUAAAAUUUCCAACAGAGUCAGUUGUUUUUUGAAAUUUUGUUUUGAUUCUUAUUCUCAAAGGUGCUGCUACGGUGUACCAAGGUCUUGAGACUUCAUGGAAAAUUUUGUACACAAAUCUGCAGCAUGCUACUGUCAAGACAGUAGAUUACAAGUGAGCUGGUGCAUGUUAUGGCUAUGAAGUUUGAGAACACCUAAUGUUAUUCCCGUUUGGUUCUUCUUCUCCUUUUUUCUUUUUUUUCUUUUUUUUUCUUUUUUUUCCUAGUUAUCCUCCUUCUCAUGCGCGUUCGUCGUCGUUUAUUCGUGAAUUUGAUCUUACUUUUUGUUGGUUAUUUUAUUGGUUGGAUGGUUGGAUGGUUGGUUCGCUGUCUCGUUUUAUCUCUUUGCCUCUAGUUUCUUAAUAAACGACUGUGAAUAUAUGAAAGUUAUAUAUUUGAACUGCCGAUAAAGACGUGAAUAUGAAAGUGAUCUUCACAGUUAUGAACACUACUUGAGCAGUAGUGAAAAUAAGGCCUGAAAAAAAAUUUAAUAUUCACGUAGUUUCUUAAUGUUGUUUUUUAUGUUUAUUUGUUUUGUUUAUUUGUUUGUCUGUUGCUUGGUGUAUUAUUAGGUGUGUUCGUGUAUUCACUUGUCUCUUCGCCCGUUUAUAUUUUUCCAUUAAAUCCCCAGAUAUGGUCGAGCAGCUGGUGAAGCUACAAAUAAUGCUAUGGGCGCUGCAGGGUUUGCUUUACAGGUAACCUUAGACGACGUCCUAAACAGCAAUUUUACCAAGUAAACUAUAUAAGAUGGUUAUUUUCACUCAUGUUAAGUUUUUUUUUUCAUAACUGUUUACCUCUUCCACUUGAUAGGAUCUCUCAUUUGUCAUUUAAGUAAAAAUGACAAACCGGCUGAGUCUAGUUGAGAUAGUUCAGUGUAUCACAGUCCCCAUCCCAGCGGUUCUCUGGUGUGUCACGCAACGCUCUUAUUUUGUUUGUAGGAGCUUUGCAUGACAUCCCAAAGAACAGCUACGAAGGAGAAGUCGUUGUAUCAUUAUGUCCUUAUAUUUGUAUUUCGUUCAUUUACUUACACUUGUUUGCUUUUUUCUGUGUCUUCCGUAGACUUGUUGGAAUGUGGAAAAUUUGGGAAUCAAGUGAGUAUUUAUUAGACAACGAGCAGUCCUUCUUUUUCAGCUAAUCUGCUGCGCUAGUUCAAUUAAAUUAUUGAAAAACAAAUUGAUUUUGGAGCGCCGUGCGGAAAUCGCGAAAGCCUACUUUUCGUGCGUCUCACGCUCACAGUUCCGCACGGCGCGCGAACAUCAUUUUUUUUUUUUUUUUCACGAAUGAGUUUGUUUUUACUCGCGCGACAGAAUUUACCCAAAAGGAGAAGCUGCACGUAAUCUAGUAUUUGUGUGAUUAAAAUGAAUUUUUUACAUGGCUGUUCUCAGCUGUUUUAUCCUUAUCAACCCGAGAUUGAACGCGGCUUCCCAAACAAGAGGCGCUGACCCGUGACUUGACUCUUGUAGUUGUUGCUCUUCUUUGUUUAAAUGCCAACCCAUGGUGGAGUUAAGAGCGCUGGUGGUGUUUCUUGAAUCCUCCGAAGAAAACGAAUGUCGUUGAAUGAGGACGAUCAACUGGAACAAGCGACAAACAAAUGAAAAAGGACUUAUUAUUUCCUCUGUAAUUAUUUUUCAGGGCUAUUGCCAAGAGAACUGCCAAAGAUACCGGGAAAGAGAUGGUUAAAGAAGCUGAGAAGAAAUACCUCACAGAUGGAAAGGAACAGGAAUAG